UCUAUGGUUCUAUGAUGCAGAUCCCGCGUUUUUUCUGAGAUUCUCUCAUUUCACAUUGAAUGUUAAAAAUAAAACUUAUCGGAGAAAGUAGUGAUUUUAUAACCACCAACUCUUUAUUAUUUGGCUCUCAAUAUGAAUGAACCUAGUACAUCUAGCACUGCAGAUAGCGGAGAGACAAGCAAUGAAGAUAAGAGUGAAAAACACUCGGAAUCAAAACAACAAAAAACAAACGUUCUUCAAAAUGAAAAAAAUGAUUCAUCUAACCAUUCAAGUGAAUCUCUAAAUUUUCCAAAGUUUAAUAUCGAUGAUUCUGCAUACUUCAUUUACCAUCCUCCAAAAUACAAGCUACCACCUUAUCUUGAUCCAAAUUUAAUAGCUCUGGAAUUAAGAGAACGUUUGAAAGUAAUAUGUUCUUAUCACACUUUAAUAUCUAAAAGUAUCGUACAACAAGCAAAAAUUCAAGUAGACAGUUGUAGUUAUCCUGAGCCUAUUAACCCAGUUCCAUCAAGGAAUGAUUCCUCGGUUGAUAACAAAAAUUAUACAUUUGAAGUAUUGAACGAUUGUCAAGGUUCUGGUGAUAAUUCUGAAGAAUACAUAUCUAGGCAUGGUCGUAAAACUAAGAGGAAAUUCUAUGCUGAAAACAAAGUUAUAACUCAAAAGGAUAGUAAUACCAGUUCUACAGACACUGGCCAAGAGGAUGGUUCUACCAGAAAAAAAGCCGCUUUAACUCCAACCAGGAAUAGAAAUUCAAGGCAAAGGCAGGUUAAAUCUGAGAUUUCAGGAGAAGAGUCGGAAAGCGUGAAUAAUAGCAACGCAAGGAGUCAUUCUCCAAUUUUAAGUCAAAAACCACAAAAGAGAAGCAAUGACGGUUUUAUAGAACCUGCUGCGCCAGCUGCCGCUAAAAGAGCUACCAGGAAGACCAUUAAAUGUCCAAUAUGUGGCUUAGAUUUCCCAGAGAAAGAAGUUGAGCAACACGCUUCUUCUUGCGGAGAACUCCCAAUUGUAGCUGAUAACAUGAACCCAAACGCUGCCUUUCGUUGUGAUUCCUGCAAGGAAGUAAUGAGGACCUUAGAUGAAUACGAAAUUCACUGCACAACAUGCAACGGUGGACCUUCUCAUCUUCAAUGAUGACCAAAUUCUAAACCAUUUCCAUUUUUAUUAUCGCCCUUUUUUGUUUAUUUUGUUUAUUACUUUGUUUGUUGAAGAUUUUCAGAUAUUUUUCUACUACAAAUAAAUCAAUAUUAUCACGUUUUAAA